AUGGAGAAAAACAACACACCACAAACCGGCCACGACGGGCUCAUCCACAUCCCCAACCACCCACCAAACGCCGCCGAGCGAAACUCGACAACCUACCCUGAAGUCAUCUAUGUUCCACAGUCCCAAUCCUCCAUCCUCUCCGGCCGUUUGUCACCAUCACAACAGCAAGAAAACGAGAGCAACCUCCCCGAGGUCACCACCGAGCAGCCGCCGCUUCACCUCGAAAAGACCUACCCCGAGGUAGCCACACACGAACACCAACACCACCGCCCCCCACAGCAGUCGAGAUCCCCACCGCCAUCUACAGUCCAGUAUUUCCAAGCACAUCAGCAACAAAGCCCAAGUCCGGUCCCAACUCCAGCACCCACGCACACGACAUACACCGCCGGGCAAGGGACGACAAUACCCGAGCCGAGACCAUCAGGCGUUCACUCGCUAGGAGACGCGUGGAGCAUCAACAGCGCGGAGGAUGUAGAGCGGGAUCCACAAAUAGGAUACAUUCCCGGUGCUGGCGGCGGCGGCGGCGGUGGGAGCGGGCCGAGGAACGGACACAGCCGGAACCUGUCGGAUCCGGACAGGUCAUUCUCCCGUGCGCGCAGCAGGAGUUUUGGGAAGAAGCCUCUGGUGAGGAGGUCGAUAUUCUGGGUGCUGGUGCUGCUUGUGGCUAUUAUCAUUGCUUUGGCGGGUGUGCUGGGGGCGGUGGCAACGGGGAAGAUAAAAACCUCUGGCACGGCAGAGAGCGACCCAGUGGUUCAUCCUGAUGAUGGAGGGGGUUUCACACUGUCGACGGCCACCACCGCGUCGGGGAAGACAGUUUCGCUUUCUUGCCCUUCGGCGGAUGGACUUGAUUACACGGUUACCGUUGAUAACCAACAAAAGGUGUUUAGACGGCAGUGCGGGGCUAACUAUGCUGGCGGUGAUGGCGUGUUGGGUUUGGUAAAGGGCGAUGUGCUGAGUUUGGCGGAUUGCUUGGAUCGUUGCGCUAAGGAGGAGAAGUGUGCUGGUGCUGUGUUCAUUCCGAUGGCCAAUCCGGAUCCCCAGUGUUGGUUGAAGGAGUUUUUGGGUGUCAAGAGAGAUGGCCAGGAUAUGGAGAGUGGAGUUCUGUGGCAGUAA